GUCGUGCGCAGUCAAAUGGGUUCAUGUAAAUUGAAACGGAGGGAGUAUCAAAUGUUGGGACCCUCCGCUCUCUUAUUUAUUAAAAAAACGCGGCAUUUAACAAAAAAAAGGCUUUUUGUUUCCCUCUUUUUUUUUUUUUCACCCAAAAUAUUUCUCACUCUAGCAGAAGAGAAAAUUAUUUCCCUCAUCUAUUUGCCUCUUUCUCACUCCGAUGAUAAAGAAACUGAUCGUUUUGUUUUAAUAGGAUUGCCAAUAUAUUCAAAGCCGGCAGGAUUAGUUUGUGGACCUUCUGUCAUUGCACUGUUAGCUGCGUUUUUCCACAUAUCAAGGUGGAGCUAUGGCGAAAACCAAGCGUUUCAAGAACUUGCAAAAGUCUGUUCAGUCAUUGCCUCCUUCACAACAUGGUACAAGAUAUCAAGCUCCUCCAUUUCAGGCCACAUCACAGUCAACUCCUUCAUUUUCGGCCACAAGACAGCGAACUCCUUUAUUUCAGUUCACAAGGCAGCAAGUUCCUUUAUUUCAAGCCAAUCAUUUCCAACUCCUUCAUUUGAAGCCACAUCACUGCCAACUCCUUCAUUUCAGAGCACAAGAUAUCAAGCUCCUUCAUUUCAGGCCACAUCACAACCAUCUGCUUUACAGGCACCUUCUGUUGGUCUCACACCACCACAAAAGACAUUCAAUAAGCGCAAACGUGAGUCUACACAUCAUUGGACUGUGGAUGCAAUAGAUUCACAAGGAAAUACCAAAAAGCUCAAAGUGAAGAAAAUAGAAGUGUUAAAUUUACCUCGGGGGGAACGUAUUGUGGUUCCGUUUGAUUUCCUGGAUCCAAUAGACGAAGCACAAGGCGUUCUCGCAGGCUUUUGUGGUAUUUUAGCAACUGACUGUUCCAUAUUUCCAAUUAGCUUUGAUAAAUGGCCGGAUAUGCCUCAAUCAUAUUUCAACGACUGCUUUGAUAACAUUAACGCUAAGCUGGAGGAUUGGAGACAUACCUUGGAGUCUAAAGGAUUUAAGCUGAGUAGGACCAAGACAGAGUACUUAGAGUGUAAGUUCAGUGAGACACCUCAGGAGGUUGGCGUCGAAGUUAGGCUUGGUGCUCAGGCCAUCCAAAAGAAAAGUAGUUUCAAGUACCUUGGGUCUAUCAUGCAAGGCAACGGGGAGAUUGACGAUGAUGUCACACAUCGUAUUGGGGUAGGGUGGAUGAAAUGGAGGCUAGCUUCUGGAGUGUUAUGUGACAAGAAGGUGCCACCACAACUCAAGGGCAAGUUCUACAGAGUGGUGGUUAGACCGGCUAUGUUGUAUGGGGCGGAGUGUUGGCCAGUUAAGAUCUCUCACGUUCAAAAGAUGAAAGUUGCCGAGAUGAGAAUGUUGAGAUGGAUGUGUGGGCACACUAGGAGUGACAGGAUUAGAAAUGAGGCUAUUCGGGAUAAGGUGGGAGUGGCCUCGGUGGAAGACAAGAUGCGGGAAAUGCGACUGAGAUGGUUUGGGCAUGUGAAGAGGAGAGACAUAGAUGCCCCAGUGCGGAGGUGUGAGAGGUUAGCCAUGGAUGGUUUCAGAAGAGGUAGGGGUAGGCCAAAGAAAUAUUGGGGAGAGGUGAUUAGACAGGACAUGACGCAGUUACAGCUUACCGAGGACAUGACCUUAGAUAGGAGGGUGUGGAGGACCCACAUUAGGGUAGAAGGCUAGUAGAUAAGUUUCGUUAUCUUCCCUUAUUAGUAGGUGCAUUAGCGCAUUAUAAUUUCUUGUGCUCUGAUUUAUGUUAUUAUUUGCUACUUUCUAUACUUUGAUUACUCUAUUUUAUCUGUGCCGCUGUCGUUAUUUGCAUUUUCAUAUCGCUUUGAAUUCCUUGAUUAUCCUGUUUUACUGUGUCGCUUGCAUUGUUUCAUUGCAAUAUCGUUUUGAAUCUUUUAACCCUAUCUGACUCCCUUUUUAUGCUUCAUUUGAGCCGAGGGUCUCUCGGAAACAGCCAUCCUACCUUGGUAGGAGUAAGGUCUGCGUACAUUCUAUCCUCCCCAGACCCCACGAUGUGGGAUUUCACUGGGUUGUUGUUGUUGUUGUAAGCUCUAUAAUUUUUCAACCAUAUCUUUAUUUUAUAUCUUUCGACUUUAUAUUUGCAUGUAAAAGAUAAACUAACCAAUUUUUAUUUUCAAAGCCCCACUUUCAUUUUAUGACAACUGAGGAUGUUGCACGGCUAUAUGCUUAUCGCUCUAUUGAAAAGAAAUGGGCUGGAAAUAGGCAGGCCUUGUGGAAUGAGUUCAAAGACCCACUUAAGACCAAAGAUGAGAUCAGGAAUAAUGUUCCAGAAGGUAUAGCUCGGGAUUAGUGGGCUUCUUUUGUGAACUACCGUUUAAGAGACAAUACUCAGAAAAUGUGUAAAACAAAUGCUGAAAAUCGAAAAAAGCAAACAGUUCCACACACCGGUGGCUCAAAGCCGAACUCUAGAAGAAGGGCUGAAAUGUUUGCUGAGGUGGGGAGAAGGCCUGGACGAGCACAACUUUAUCUUGCUACACACAAGAAACAAGAUGGAUUAUAUGUAAAUGAGGAGGCAAAAGAAAUAUGUCCGAGUGACGCAGAUAGCAGCUAGCGGACCCAUGGAUGCAAGAAGAUUUCUAGCUCUAGUAAUCCUGUAAUAUGAUUAGUUGACUAAAGUGGAUUUGUGACAAUUUGGGUGAUGACAUUUACUUAGUAUUUUGUGUGGUUAAUAGAAUGUUGAUAUUCUGGUUUUAAGUUUUAAAUAUAUUCAGGCUUUAAGUGGAUCUGUGACAA